AUCUACUACUGCAGUAUGAUCAAUAGCAUAUAUACACUAACCUGGGAUCGAGAUUAAGAGAUUACACCUAAGGGCGGCAAAGUGAAUAAUCCCGCGUCAUUUUGGGGAGUUGGAAAUGUAUUAAAUUCAUGUAAAUGAGUUGAAUAUUGUGAAAUGAAACGUGCUACAGAAAGUACGACAAUGUCUGCUGAAAAAGAAACACAGAGGGAAAAUGAAUGUGAUAAUGAAAGGUCUCGAAACCGUGAAGUAGGAAAAAAUUUGCACAAUGUUAGCAACACAUCUAACUGGGAUAUCAGCACGAAUACGUCAAUGAAUAAAACUUGGGCUGAGCUUCUGGACGAGGAAGAGAAUUUUAAUCAAAUAUCUGAUCCCGUAAACGACAGCAUCGUGGGUAAAGAUGAAACAGAGGUACAAGAAAUUAAUAUGCCAGUAAGUGAUAAUGUGAACAAUGUUAAGGAAUUUGAAACAAAUGUCAACAUUAAAGAAGAGCUGGAAGAUCGGAAGGAUGAAGAAGCAAGACUUCAGAAGGAGUUGGAUUUGUUUGAGCAUGAGUGGGUAAGAGAACUAAAACAGUCUAAUGAGAAUCUAGUAACAGAAGAAAGUGUAACACAUGUUUCUAGUGUUGCAAUUAAAGAAGAGAAGAAUGAUAAAACAAAAGAGACAUGUGAUAAGGCAAGUAAUAAGAAAUGUAUAGACAGUAAAGAAAGAAUUGCAAACAAAGUAAAAAGUGAUUUAUGUGAACUAAUAAGUGAGGAGUUAGUUACAAAGACACAAAUUAAAAAAGAAUGUGAUGGAAACUCUUCAGCACCUGAAUGUAGGGAUAAAAGAUGCCUUAAAAAGGAGGAAACUGCAGUGUGUUCUAAAAUGAAAGAGGAAAACUUACAUGAUAUAAAAUUUGAAGAUUUUAUCAACUUGAAAUCUGAGAAUGUAAAUAUAAAUAAGUUUAAAGAAGAAGGAAGUAGGAAAAGAGGUCGGAAUUCGCAGAGUGACAAUAUCCCUGGAAGAGUAACUCAAAGGAAUGAAAGCCAGAAAAAGUCACGGCAAGUAAUUGAGCAUGAGACUGACCCUAAUGUUCUAUCUAGAAGACAGAAGCAAAUUGACUAUGGUAAAAAUACAGUUGGCUAUGAUCGCUACAGGCAACUAGUUCCGAAGGACAAGAGGACCAAGACACAUCCUCAGACACCUCCGAAGCAUAUAAAAUACAGUCGACGAGCUUGGGAUGGCAUUGUACGAGUCUGGCGACAGAGUCUGCAUUUUUGGGAUCCUCCAUCGGAAGGAAAGCUUGACAUCAGUGACACGUUAUCAGACAUCUCUGUCGACGUGACGAGCCAAGCGAGUGAGGAAAUGUCGGAUAACGAGCGACGUGUCAGAGUCAAGAGGAGUACACAGUCGUCAUCUGGCUCUUGCAGCCUUGAGGAUGGAAAUGAUGACUACUUGAUAUUGGAUGAAACCUACACAAAUGAUUGAAAUAUUGAUUUCUUCCAUUGGUAGCAGGUUGUCCUGUUUUGAAUGUUACAGCAACCAAAAAGUUGAAAUGUUGCAAAUAUAUUUAUUGUGUGUUUGAAACAAUGUUAAGUAGGCAUGCUCAUAGUUAAAGGAAGUUGGAAGCUAGCGUAACAAAGUUAAAGUUAUGCAACAGUGUGUGGAGUCUUGUUAAAUGUAAAUCAGCUAAUUAAGAACUGGGAGUUAAUUUGCUGGAGUGAAGGUCACUAAAGGUGCAAGUUAAGGCCACCAGGUAUUAUCUGAGAUUGCUUAGUAUGUGAACUGAGUGUCCAGUUAAUAUGAUUUUACUUACUUUUGAAUUAAAUAAAAUAGAUUUAUAUAAUUUGUUUCUGUAUGCAGCAUGUCUUUUAUUUUAAUGCAGACUCAACUGACUCAGGAUAUGGAAUUAUUAUGAGAUUUUGUUGGCAUGUUAAUAAAGAUUUGAAUUCCAUAAAAAGAGAAAAUUUCUUAACCAGCUAGGCAACUCUCAACUUCUCAGUAAAGACUCUACACCAUGGAAUUAUAUGUUUGUAUACAUUUUAGCCAUUAUUGAGUAUAAUAGUUGUAUACUGUAAUUUGUUGACAUACUCACAAGCCAUUUCAAGUUGGUUGGACUGGUCAUUCUUGACAACCACGGCUUACUUUCUAUGUGCGUAAAAUAUCCAUUGUUCUCCUUCCAUUGGUGUGUUAAGUGAUUAUACUUUUAUUUCUAAUGUAUAUGAAAACAUUAUCACUAAGUGAACCCAGAAGAAAGAAGUGAGGUUAUAAUGUCUUUUAUUGGCUGAGAAUUUCUGUGUAAUUUGCUUUUCAUUUGCAUAUAUAAUUAUUUAAUUUCUCUUAUGUAGUGUACAGCAAAUAUUUUUCAGCAUUUUCGUAUGUAUUUUUCUUUUAAAACUUGCACACACAUAAGUGGCUGUGUGAAUUCAAAAGUGCUGUUAAAUAUUUGUGCAAAAAAUAUUUUGUUUUGUCCUUUUGGUUGGUGUUGUAUUUGCCUGUCAAACAAGAAAAAUUAUGGUCCAGAAGCACUACGAGGACAUUUGUCUACCAUCAUAGGUGCAGCAGUCAGGUGGAAAUUUUUAAACAGAAUGUACUUAUAGUUUUUAAGUGAUGAACUGAGUGUAGCCACUGGACAUUUAUUAUGAUUUAAACUUUCAUUUCACCGUGCCUAAUCAUCAACAGAAAUUUAAAAUAAUAAGCAUGGCAGUGAAGUGAAACAAUUUUGUAUCGUAUCAGUGGCAUUUUAAUAGUUUCAUGUCUAAAACAAUUGUUUUUUGAGUUUUUAUGCAAAUAAAAGUAAAUAAUAUCCUG